AUGGACCCGACAUCGCAGAGAGUGGUUGAGGAAGAGGUGCAGAGCCAUGCUCCACCCAUGGCUGAUGCUGGAGGCAGGGGAGAACCUGCUCCACUAGCUGCUGAAGCACCUAGGCCAGAAAUAGAGUCAAUUGAGAAGCCAGAGGCUAGGGCACCUACAAGGGCGUAUGCCAUGAGAGCUCCAAUGGAGCAAGACGCUCCAGACAUCAUCAGGGGUAUGUUCUCUCUCUAUGACAUACCUUUGCAUGUAUUAGUGGAUCCAGGAUCCACACAUUUAUACAUCUGCAUCGAGUUACCCAUGAAAAGGGGAAUUCAAGUAGAGGAAAGUGACCAAGACAUAUUGGUCACAAACCCACUAGAGCAUAGUGUGGUGGUAAAUAGAGUGUGCAAAGGUUUCCCAUUCAGGAUUCAGGGGUAUAAGUUCUCGGCAGACCUGAUUGAAUUGCCUUUCCAUGAGUUUGACUUGAUCUUGGGAAUAGAUUGGUUGUCACGUCAUCAGGCAAUAGUGGAUUGUAGAUUAAAGAGGAUUACAUUGAAAACUCCUGAAAAUGAUGAGAUAACAGUUAUAGGGGAAAGGGCAGAUUUUUUUGUCUAA